GACAUCGGCACUCGGACGUCGCGUCUAAAUUAUUCCAACGGAAUGUACCUGACCGGCGAUACAAAAGUGUUCGGUAAAUUUGUAUCAAUACUAGGGAUAUUCCAAGGACUGACAUGGAUUAUCCUGAGUACCAUAUCUAUUUUUUUUUACUACCAUACCCCUAAAAAAAUGACCUGGAAUAUGGACACCGAGUACUCGGAAUUUCACGAGUACCUAAACAGGAUCAUCUACGACCGAUUCAUAGGUGGAGCGAAAGACAAUGAAGGCCGCGUCUUAGAAUCCCAAGACUUCCAUGUAUUCAUGUGGAUCUAUCUUAUUCUCAGCGCUGUUUGGGUGGCCGCCAGCAUAGACGCCUAUUCAGCUAUACGAUGGAAUAAAACCCGCCAAGCACACGUAUUACUUCUCCUGGGUAUUCUGAUUCUUCUAAUAUCGAUUUUGGAUUUGAUAUUUGCUGGUUUAUUGGGAAGAGAUUUUUCGUCGUGUGAUUUUCAGUUAUAUUUGACACCAUUAGAAGGCACGCCCAUCGAUUGUCAGCUGGCGAUUGGCAUCGUUAUGACGUUAGUCGCCAGAGGUUUCGUCUUGUUGGCGCUGAACGUCGUUCUAUCAAUAGCGACCAUAAUAGCUGCAGCCAGGGUGUUUAACACUCACAUGCCCCGCAUACUAGCAUACGAACAAAACACGAUACCUAGAGCUCAUAUGCCGAGAAUAGAAGAUAAACCACAAAUACGAGAACCGGACUUAUUUUACCCCAGCAUAUCGUAUGGGCCCGCAAUUCCGAGCAGGACACAAAGCAGCACACCUGUAGCUUUAAACAAUAGAAACCAAAACAUUUAUUAUUAGUAGGCAAUUUUGUUUAUUGCUAAACAAUAGAAUUACGUACUUCAAAGGAGAUUUCAGAAUGUGUGCAACCUAUUUUUUGUUACUCAUUGAAUGUAUAAAAAAGCGAAGCUGAUUCAACAAAUUUAAGUUAUUACUAUUUAUUUGUUUAAUUAUUUAAUUAGUAUGAU